ACGCCCGUUACCUGGCAGCGAAUGUCAACAGUUUCGCGUGAGUCAUCGCGAGGAACGGACGUGGACCCAGGCGCUCCCUCGCGGCCCCUCAGCUCUCGUCUUGCGCUCCAGGGACAAGAAAAGCCUGCAACCAUGUCAGAAGAGAUCCAGAUUAUCACUGCACCACUGGUCAGUGUGCGAGUUACGAGUAAUGUGAACAGCUUUACAGCAGAGAAAAGAUAUGAUCGAAGUCUAACCAUAGGGGACCUGAAGGGCCGCCUGGAACUCAUCACUGGUGGAUCAGCUGCGACAAUGAAUUUGGAAGUGUACGACCCUGACGACAAGCUCAUUUGUUUCCUGAAUGACAACGAUGCCCUUCUGGGUUCAUUCAACAUCGAAGAUAAUUACAGGAUCCAUGUAACAGACAACACAAAGAAAGUUGGAGAGUUUGAAGACGUGUCAAAGGUGGAAAAGUUUGAGCUGUCGGAAGAAGAAUAUGCUAAGCGCAAUGAUAGUGUGAAAGCUUUCCUGCAGAAGAACAAACUGGGAAAAUACAAUGAGGAGGAACAGGCCAGAAUACAAGCAGAGAAAGAAGCUGCAGAAAAGGCCGAGCAAGAUAAAGCCAGCACAUUCAAUGUCGGCGACCGGUGUGAGGUCAAAGUUCAAGGUGAACCGACUCGGCGAGGUGAAGUGAUGUACAUUGGAGAAGUGCACUUCAAGCCAGGUUAUUGGGUUGGCAUCAAGUACGAUGAACCCUUGGGAAAGAAUGAUGGAAGCAUUGGUGGCAAACGUUACUUCGAAGCAAAUCCCAAAUAUGGUGGCUUCACUCGCCCGACAAACGUAGAAGUGGGAGAUUUCCCUGAGCUAAACUACGAGGAUGACGAAAUGUAGAAUGUGUGACUGUGAGGAGAAGGCAGCAUGCAUUUUCACUUACAAGACUCACUUCAGAUGCUUUAUAUAUAUAUAUUUUGUAAUGUUCCCUUUUGAGGAUAAGCACUUGAUGGCAUAUGGUUGAGACCAGUGUUGAAGGGAGAAACUUGAAUUUUGUAUGUGUUAA